GAGUCCAUUAAAAAUCAAAUUAAACUAAACUAAACACCAAAGUGAAAGAAACUCCUGAAAUCUCCGAACCACCAUCUCUCCCCCUCGCCGGAAGAAAGUGAAAUCACCGUGGCUUCAUCAAGCCAUCAGUCCCAAUCUCUCACCAGGAGAAGAACUUCCACCGCUACCAGCACCAGCACCUCUGCCGCUUCUUCGCCGACUAGGAUCGUAUAUCGGGAGAAAUUAGGAUCGGAAUCAGAGCAUUUACCUUUUUGGCAGAAAACUUGGUUUAUUAUCCUACUGCUUGUGAUGGCGUUGGGCUUCUUUGCCCUGGCGAUCUUGCUAUUUCUCUCUCUUGAUUCCGAUUACUUUUCAUCCUCUGUCUCCGCUGCCCCUGCCAGUGAGGGUGUUGAGGUUACGUUUGGGUCUGUGAUCAAAUUGAUGCAUGAAAGGACAAAAUUCAGGCUGCAUUCACACGACGUGCCAUAUGGUUCUGGAAGUGGCCAGCAAUCAGUUACAGGUUUCCCUAAUGUUGACGAUGCCAAUAGCUACUGGGUUGUAAAGCCUGUACCUGACACAUCUGCGAAGCAAGGGGACCCAAUCAAAAGCGGGACAAUUAUCCGCCUGCAACACACGAAGACUCGUAAAUGGUUACACAGUCACCUGCAUGCAUCCCCUAUCUCAGGGAACUUAGAGGUAAGCUGUUAUGGAGGAGAUUCAACCUCAGAUACCGGAGAUCACUGGAAGCUUGAAAUUGAGGGAAAGGGGAAAAUCUGGAAGCAAGAUCAGAAGAUCAGGCUCAAUCAUGUGGACACUCGAGGGUAUCUGCACAGUCAUGACAAGAAAUAUCAGCGCAUAGCUGGAGGCCAGCAGGAGGUUUGUGGUGUGAAAGAUAAGGGUCGGGACAAUAUCUGGGUGGCAGCAGAGGGUGUAUACCUCCCUACCAGUGAUGGCAAGGCAGAGUCGUCUUAGUCUUCUUCACCAAAUCAGACACAUUAGAGUUAUUCAAAGGAUCUACCAAUCAUGUAGCAAAAUUUGCGUUGGUGUAACAUCAAUCCCCUUUUAUGUUUUAUGAAAAGUAUAGAUGAGUAGGACCGUUGAUUUUAUAAAGGAAGCUGUGAUACUUGAAGCUCUUUGGGUUGAUAUGCGGAGUAUGUGAUAAGAGAGUACGAGAGACUAGUUUCAUCUGAUGUACUUGUAUUCUACAAGCAUUUACAGGAAGGCCAAAUGUUAUUGGUUCAACCUUAAUAUAUUGGAUUAUUGUGUCAAUUUUUUA